GCUCAGAGGACUGUCGGCCGCCACUACCAGCAGCAGCGGAGAGAGUGAAGUGAGGAGAAAUACAGACAAGUGUCCCUAUCCUGAAGGAAACAACGCUGACCUGGAAUAAUAUAAACCCGCGUGUUUCGACAGGUUUGCUCCAUCGUUGUUUUGAUAACGGGAGGCAAGGAUGGCAAUGCGCAUGAGUGAGGCUGACGGUGGCGUGGUGAAGGUGGCAGAGUGGCAGCAGACAAUGUAUGGCUUAGACUCGGGCAUCCAGUCUGGAGCCACCACAGUCAGAGAUGACGACGGCGAGUAUACCACCUCCAAGCAAUACACCAUGACUACCACUGUCACAAGGGAAGAGCCCGACCUGGAGACCCAGUACACUAUGACCAGAGCCCAGCGGGUGCGGGCUGCGAUGUUCCCAGAGACGCUGGAGGGAGGCACCACCAUCUUGUCGACUCAGACAGACUCGUCCCAGAUGACCAACGUCCAGCGGUUGGCCGAGCCCUCCCAGAUGCUCAAGACAGCCAUCAUCCAUCUGAUCAACUACCAGGACGACGCCGAGCUGGCCACACGUGCCGUGCCUGAACUCACCAAAUUGCUCAAUGAUGAAGACCAGGUGGUGGUCAGCAAGGCAGCCCAGAUUGUCAACCAGCUUACGCGCAAGGAGGCGUCCCGGCGUGCGCUGAUGCAGUCCCCUCAGAUGGUGGCAGCGGUGGUGCGGGUGAUGCAGAACACAAGCGACAUGGAGACAGCACGAGCCACAGCCAGCAUCCUCCACAACCUGUCUCACCAGAGAGAGGGCCUGCUCUCGAUCUUCAAGUCUGGAGGCAUCCCUGCUUUGGUCCGCAUGCUCAGCUCUCCCAUGGAGUCUGUGCUCUUCUAUGCCAUCACCACACUCCACAACCUGCUGCUGCACCAGGAAGGAGCUAAGAUGGCGGUUCGUCUGGCUGACGGCCUGCAGAAGAUGGUUCCCCUUCUGAAGAAGAGCAACCCCAAGUUCCUGGCCAUCACCACAGACUGUCUGCAGCUGCUGUCCUAUGGUAACCAGGAGAGCAAGCUGAUCAUCCUUGCCAACGGGGGCCCAGAGGGUCUAGUUCACAUCAUGAGAAACUACAACUAUGAGAAGCUGCUGUGGACCACAAGCCGUGUGCUCAAAGUCCUGUCUGUGUGCCCCAGCAACAAACCCGCUAUUGUAGAUGCCGGUGGGAUGCAAGCCCUGGGUAAACACCUCACAGGCUCCAGCCAGCGUCUGAUGCAGAACUGUCUGUGGACGCUCAGGAACCUGUCUGAUGCUGCUACCAAGCAGGAGGGUAUGGACAGCCUGCUGCAGGUGCUGGUUGGCCUGCUUAGUUCAGACGACCUCAACAUGCUUACCUGCGCCACUGGCAUCCUGUCAAACCUCACAUGCAACAAUGCCCACAAUAAAUCACUGGUUGCCCAGAGCAACGGCGUGGAGGCACUGAUCCACGCCAUAUUGCGUGCCUCUGAGAAGGAGGAUGUGACUGAACCGGCCGUUUGCGCUCUGCGCCACCUUACUUCACGCCACCAACAGGCUGAGCUGGCGCAGAAUGCUGUGAGGAACCACUACGGCAUCCCCGCCAUCGUCAAGCUGCUCAACCAGCCCUACUACUGGCCUGUCAUCAAGGCUGUGGUUGGCCUGAUCCGCAACCUGGCCCUUUGCCCAGAAAACCAGGCCCCUCUAAGGGACGCCGGAGCGAUCCCCCGUCUGGUCAACCUGCUGAUCAAAUCCCACCAGGACGCCCAGAAACAUGGUUCAUCCACGCAGCAGACGUACCAGGAUGGAGUGAGGAUGGAGGAGAUUGUGGAGGGCUGCACAGGAGCACUGCACAUCCUGGCCAGAGAUCCCAUCAACAGAGCAGAGAUCGCCAACCUACAGACCAUUCCUCUGUUAGUUCAGCUCCUCUACUCUCCAGUGGACAACGUGAAGCGUGUGGCGGCGGGCGUCCUGUGUGAGCUGGCCCUGGACAAACCGUCAGCUGAGGUUAUCGACAGCGAGGGAGCGUCGGCUCCGCUGAUGGAGCUGUUGCACUCCAACAACGAGGGCAUUGCUACUUACGCUGCAGCUGUGCUCUUCCGCAUCUCCGAGGAUAAAAACUCCGACUAUAAGAAGCGAGUGUCCGUGGAGCUCACGCACUCUCUGUUCAAACACGACCCCGCUGCCUGGGAGAUGGCCCACAAUAGUGUCCCCAUGGAUGGACCCUAUCCAGAUGAGCUGGAUGCUGGUUUCCAAGGCUACGGAGGGUAUGCAGCUGAAGUUCCCAUGGAUGGCAUGGACGGAAAUAUGAUGCAUGACGAUUACCAAGGCAGCAUGGCCUACGACAGACAAAUGUACCCUGAGUACUGACCUAAAGACCCACAGGCUGAAGAAAGGUGGAAAAGGAGGAGCUGAUAUAAAACAUAAUGGGACAAAGAAGAAGAGAAUAUAGUCAUCAGUAGAGAUUAUUCCCUCUGCUUCCAGCCCGAUGUAAUAUAUGCAAUUAUCACUGAGUACGGGACUCGUAAUCUUAACAGGGCUCAACUUUGUUUUAAAGCAUACAUUUGCUUAUAAUUCUGACAGUGACGAUGCUUGUAGGUUUCUGCUAGAGAACCUUUAGAGUGUGUGUGUGCGCGUGUGAGAGAGUUUGUGUGUGCGCAUGUGUUUGUGUGUUUAUGCUUUUGGGUGGGUAUUCUAUGCCAAAGAGAUUUUAUUUUGUGAAGAUAAUCAUUUAGCUUGGUUUUCUUUAUUUUGUUUUUUAAGAAAAGGAAAAAAAAAGACCGUAAUAAUUGAAAACACUGCCAGAGGUGGCUCAACGUGCACGGUGCACUUGCUCACUGCUCUGUUUCUUCUUUAACGCCUUUGUAACAGACACUACUGUCUAUGCUGUAGUUAUGACACUAUAUACUGUCGACGUACUCCCGCUGCGACCCAACGGUUAAGAUUCAGUGAAGAGUUGGUUAACACAGGCUCGUUCUUUCUCGUGGCACUAAUUCAGUAGGAGUGGACAAACAAAGAGAUAUGGCGGCCUCUGCCAGAGAGAGAGAGAGCAGGUUGGGGCAGCCUCCCCACACCUAUGUAAUCAGCUAAGGGUGGAUGACCAAAGAUGGUUGAUUGUUUUAAGGAAUUGUUUCUUAUCUUAUAAGUUAUUCACUAGGAGCGGUUCACAUAACCCGGCAUUAAUAGAAUAUUAACAAAUAUUUCAUCUUUUAUCAUAAACUUAAUUUAAAGGAUGUGACUGUAAUAAUUUGCAGGAGAGCAACAACAACAAUGUGGUUUUACAGGCGUGUUCAGCAGAUUGACUGAUUCAUUAGCCAACACAUGAGAUGAUCUAGUCGGGGGCAGCCCUACAGCUGGAGCAAACUACUGACAGGGAAAUUUGUCUUUCUACUUCAUAAGAGUUUUUACUGAAAUUUUGUGUAAUAAAAAUAAAGGAUAUAUUAAACAUA